CAUUGAGAGAAAUUCCUGUUCGCUGAAGGAAGGAUUACAUUGACCAGACAUUACUGCAAUAGAAAGAUCCAUCAUGCCACACUACAAGCUCAUGUAUUUCAAUCUGAGAGGAAGAGCAGAAAUCAUUCGCUAUCUGUUUGCCUAUUCAGGCAUAAAGUACGAGGACCACAGGAUAGAACAAGUUGACUGGCCCAAAAUCAAACCAACUAUCCCAUUUGGAAAAAUCCCCAUUUUAGAAGUGGAUGGAGUUACCCUUCAUCAGAGCCUGGCCAUAGCCAGAUACCUAGCCAAAGAAACAGGUCUGGCCGGUCAGACACCUCUAGAACAAGCUCUGGUUGAUGCCAUUGUGGACACCAUUGAUGACUUCGUGUCACUGUUUCCCUGGGGAGAGAAAAAUCAGGAUGUGAAACAACAGACAUUUAAUGACCUCCUCACUAAUACAGCUCCUGGACUACUACGAGAUUUGGACUGUUUCUUAGGGGAUAAUAAGUGGCUGGUUGGGAAAUCUGUAACCUGGGCUGAUUUCUACUGGGAUGUGUGCAGUACAACACUUCUGUUUCUUAAACCUGGCCUGGCAGACAACUACCCUAAACUUUUGGCUCUGAAACAGAGAGUACAAGCACUUCCUGCUAUUGCUGCCUGGAUUCAGCAAAGACCAAAGACUACACUGUAGAUCAGCUUUUCUGGUUUUGAAGAACAUGUUUAUGUGUAUUUUUUUUUUUUUUUAACAUAACCCCAGCAUCUCUAAUUUCUUCUAAAGUUACUAAUUUACAAAAAUUAAGACAACUCAAUGCCCAAUUUGAUCCAAUCUAUCACACCUGCUUGGAAAACAUCAAUGGACAGAUUACAUUCUUCCUCUUCUCUGUUUCUCACUGGUUUCAGGGGUAAAGAGAACAGUUGUCAAUGGGGAACAAGUUUCCGAGAACUUGGCCUUUAUUUUUAUGCAUGUGUAAUGUUGCAAGAUGAAGAUUAAAUUAAACACUGUUAUAACUGAUUAAAAAAUGGACUAAAAAUACGCCAGACUGAUUUUUUUCCUCUGUGACUAUAGCAUGGAGAUUUAUACUAAGAAUGCAUUUCAAUAAAUGUUUAAGCAUGCAAUGAUUAUUUACUAUAUAUCUCAGUGACUGAUUAUUGCUUUUCUACAGUGAAAAGCACACGAUCAACAAUUUAACUCUGUUUAUGAAAGAUGAAUGGAAAAGUGGACAUGGUAGACUGGGAAUGCUAUGGUGAGUUUGGAGACUACCAGCACUUUACAUUACUCCCCCCAUGUUCAAAGACUUAAAAUACAGCAAUUCUGAAACUGAUCAGUCCAACUCUGCUUUCACUGCACUUUCCAGAGAAACAUGUUGGGGAGGGAGAAGAGAAAAUGAGGAAAGUUUCAGGGACAGAAAUUGUCUUGACAGUACUAUUCCACAUCUUUGUGACUGACUAUCUCAAUGUGAGGGGUAGUAAAACUAGUUCAGAGAGGGAGGAAAUGGAAGGGACACAGGGCAAAACAGACCAUCAGUGUGGGUGGGGAAAACUGCAGGAACCCAGAUCCCUGGGGGUUCUGUUGAAAUGUGUGUGUGUGUAGGUAACGUUGGUUACUUUUUGAAAGGCAACCAACUUUACCUCUCUGCUCCCACAGAAGAAACUCGCAUACAAUGCUGCAAGUGGAAGCUACAGUGUCCAAGAUUUUGUUGAGCACUGGGUGGCACCAACAGACACCUCUCACCCCAAAGGCACACCAUGUACCUAUCUAAUGAGCGGGGGAAGUGGAGCUAUAAAGGGAAGGGCAAGACAGGGAGUAGAGAGAACAGCCAGCAAAAGCAAAGAAAAAAAAAAUGAAAAGUUUGAGAGAGAGACAAGGAAAAGGAUAGAAAAGCUGAAGUAAGAAGAACAGAUACAAUAAGAUGGCAGCAAUCUGUGUGAAGAAGGGGGCACACGUAUUUAUUAGUGCAACCCAACAUGGGGCUCCAACAGAAGUUGUGAAAUUGAUAUGCACAAUGCCUUUUACUUGCCAUUUGACAAAGAGGAGUUAUAUACUCAUUCCACCAAUGUGGAAACUGAGAUAAAUUACUUACCUGAGGUUACACUAUUUGGCAGAGUGGAGAACAGAAUCCAUACUUUGUGACAUUCAAUCCCCUGCUCUAACCCUACACUCCCCAAUCCGUUCUCACUAUCCCCAAUUAGUUAUCUUCAGAAAAGUUGAGGACCAAUUAUUCCUCUCUGUUCUCCCAUCCUUCUGACAGUUUAAU